UUUCGCAAGAGAUGAGUAAAUGCUCUUUGCUGUCCAUUUUGACUCUUUUGUUGCAAACCCUUUUACCUCUAGUCAGCGAGGAAACACUCUUUGGGAUCUUAUCUCUCUAUAUAUAUCAGCAAUAUACUCAUAUGAGACCAGGCAACACCCAAAUUCGGACUCCUGUCUCUAGCUGCAUCAGAAAUCAUAAGGAAGACAAUAUAUAGCUAUUGUGUUGAGAAAUAAUAGAAAGUUUGAGAGAGAGUGGGAGCUAUAAAUCAUGGGGAGGCCACCUUGCUGUGACAAAGUUGGAGUCAAGAAAGGGCCUUGGACACCAGAGGAAGACAUCAUCUUGGUCUCUUACAUUCAAGAACAUGGACCAGGGAAUUGGAGAGCUGUUCCUGCUAAUACAGGUUUGCUUAGAUGCAGUAAGAGCUGCAGACUUAGGUGGACUAAUUAUCUCCGCCCCGGUAUUAAGCGUGGCAACUUCACUGAUCAUGAGGAGAAGAUGAUUGUUCACCUCCAAGCUCUUUUGGGUAAUAGAUGGGCGGCCAUAGCAUCCUAUCUUCCACAGAGAACAGAUAAUGAUAUAAAAAACUAUUGGAAUACCCAUUUAAAGAAGAAGCUCAAUAACAAGCAGGAUGCAGGGCUGGAUGAGUUGUCAGCAGCCACGCACACAAUAUCCAAGGGCCAGUGGGAGAGAAGGCUCCAAACAGAUAUCCACAUGGCUAAACGAGCUCUUUGUGAGGCUUUGUCUCUUGACAAACCAACUCCCCCACCAUAUGCAUCAAGCGCCGACAAUAUCGCCCGACUGCUCGAGAACUGGAAGAAAAGCUCCCCAAAAUCAGAAACCACCCAGAAUUCCUCUUUUGAUUCGCUGCUGAGCUUCAACUCUUCCACCUCUGACGUGUCUCAAUCUGUGUCGGUAGACGAGGGUGGAAACUUGACACCAGAAACAAGCAUCUUCCAGGAUGAAAGCAAGUCGAAUACGGAGGCGGCGGCGGCGGCGGCCGCGACUGAAGUCCCUCUAACAUUGCUAGAGAAGUGGCUGUUUGAUGAUGGAGCAGCUCACGGCCAAGAAGAUGAUCACCUAAUUAACAUGUCUUUAGAGGAUGGUGCAGGCUUGUUUUGAAAAUGAAACUGAUCGAUCAGCCCUAUAGGUAGGUUUAAGGAGAGAGUCUGAUCUUUUGUCUUUCUUGUUUUGGCCUUGAGCCUCUGUAUAACAUCUUUCUAGCCCAAGCAGAAAGAUCAAACUGUAAAUUAUUAUAAAAAAAUAUAUAUAUAGUGUAUCUAUUCUAUAUAUAUAUAUAUAAUAUGCUAUGUGCUGGUUAAUUAUAAGUAAAUAAAUCUCUCAUCAU